CUAAGAUUAACCAGUGAUUUAAGUUUUACGAGCUAAAAUGUUGCCAGCCUGUGUGCUAUCAUGGCCCUUUUACGGCCUAACCUCCAUCAUUGCAUUAUAUUGGUAUUUUACGCGCAAUUUUAACUACUUCAAGAAGCGAGGUAUCAUUGGACCUAGACCGGUGCCAGUUUUAGGAAAUCUAUGGGACGUAAUAUUCGUAUCCAACCCCGAGCUUGAAGUUCAGCGUUUCAAAAAAUAUGGUAAAAUUUAUGGGGUAUUCGAGGGCCAGAAGCCUAUACUGCGAAUCGGCGAACCGGCGAUUGUCAAAGAAAUUAUCGUCAAAGAGUUCAACACAUUUCAGACCCGACGCGACACGUCUAACGCCAAACACCCGAUCGUCGACCUCAUCGUCACAUUGAGGGGCGACGAGUGGCGACGCAUGCGCUCCACCGGCAGUCCCACCACUUCCGUCCAGUUGCGCACAAUGUAUCCGUUGGUCAGCCAAUCGGCCAACGAGUUUGUCAACGCAUUGGCCAAACGGGUGACGCCCGACGGGGACAACACACUGGACAUGAAGGCGUGGUUCGAGUGUUACGCUAUGGAUGUGUUGGCCGUAUGUAUAUUCGGGGCCAAGACUGGCGCCUACACCGACCCCAACGACCCAUUCGUGGUGAACGCGCGCAAGAUAUUUCGGCCACCUGGGUGGAAAAUUGUGGCCACACUAGUGGUGCCCACAUUCCUGUUGGACAUGUUCAACAUCAAGACCGAGACGGACGACACGGCCACCAAUUUUUUCUACAAAAUAACCCUAAAGUUGUUGAGAGAGAAGGAGGAGCGCUCGCGGGCCGACAAUCCGGGCCAAAAAAUGUUGUCCGAAAACGAACUCAUCUCACAAUUGUUUGCCUCAAUGAACGGCGGCUUUGAGGCGGCGUCCAGUAUAAUGGCCUUCUGCGCCCACGAGCUGGCCCUCCAUCAGGACCUACAGGAGCGGCUGUACCGCGAAGUGCUAGCGCUGCCACCCCUGGACGCCGCGGGUGAGCCCGACUACGAGCCCAUACUAAAACUACCCUAUUUGGACGCCGUGGUGGCCGAGACUAUGCGCCUGCAUUCGCCAGCCCUACGCCCCUCUCGGAUCGCCACCAAAGACUUCCGACUGACCGAUACGGACAUCACUGUCGAGAAGGGACUGAUGGUCGAGAUCUCGGCCUACGGUAUGCACCGGUCGGACGAGUUCUUUCCGCGCGCCGAACAGUUCAUUCCCGACCGGUUUUUGCCCGAAAACAGGUCACAAGUGGUGCCGUACUCUUACACCCCGUACGGCGGCGGACCCCGCGGUUGUAUUGGCCAACGCUUCUCGCAGAUGGUCAUGAAGAUGGCCAUCGCUUAUCUGGUCCGACGAUUUCAGUUCAGACUCUGCGGCAAAACACAAGUGCCGGUUCCCCUUCGCAAGUAUAUCCGAUUCACUUCGGCCGACGCCGCAUACCUGGCCCUCGACCCCCGCCCGUAG